UUAUCCCAGCCUAGGUCGCUAUGGUAGCUCUCGGGAACUCCAGCAGACGACGGACGAGCCCCACAUCUCUCGCGAGGAACGACGCCGUUAUCGGAAUCUCUACAAACAACACGAGAAUUCGUCAUUCACACGCUGUGAAUGAUGUCAGAGGGAGACUUGGAUGAAAUCGUACAAAUUACAGUGGAGGACUUCGCUCAAGGCGACCAGAACGAAAUGCUGGAAAAUCAUGAAGACGAUGGAGAAAGGUCCCAACGGAAAAGGAGAAAAUUGAGCACAGAAAACAACAGCCAGGAUAUAUCCUCGAUAAGGAGCCUGUUGAGUUCCCUCCAGUCCACAAUCUGCCAGCGUCUUGAGGGCAUCGAGUCCAAGCUGCAGGCCGUGGAGGCCUCGUGUAAAGCCUUCGGACGGAAGCUGGACAGCCUGGUGCCCAGUGCUAAGAGCCAGAGUCCCAUCCAGGUGCCCAUGGUGGCCGGCUCCCCUCAGGGUGCCACCCAGACCUGGAACAAAGUGCGAUGUGUUGUUCCACAAACGAACGUGAUCGUGAGCAGUGACCGGCCCAAGAGCUCCAUCCCGGAAGACAGUCCUCUGGAGAACCUGCUCAGCAACACGGUGGGCAGCGGCCGGCGCCAGAACACCAUCCUGGUGAAGGUCCCCGGCCCCGAGGAGAGCCAGGAGGACCAGGACAGCGGCUCGGAGGCCAGCGACUCGGUCUCCAACAGCGGCAACACGUCCAACACGCAGAACGGACAGACGGUCACGCUGAUCACGCUCAACUCGGAGGAGGACUUCCCAGCAGGCACCUGGCUGGGCGACGAGAACAACCUGGAGAUGCGCGUGAGGUGUCCCAUCUCGGCCGCCGACAUGCUCCACAUCGCCACCAACUGCCGGACGGCGGAGAAGAUGGCCCUGACCCUGCUGGACUACCUGUUCCACCGCGAGAUCCAGGCCAUGUCCAACCUGUCCGGCCAGGGCAAGCACGGCAAGAAGCAGCUGGACCCUCUCAUGAUCUACGGCAUCCGCUGCCAUCUGUUCUACAAGUUCGGCAUCACGGAGUCGGACUGGUACCGCAUCAAGCAGAGCAUCGACUCCAAGUGCCGGACAGCCUGGAGGCGCAAGCAGCGGGGACAGAGCCUGGCGGUCAAGAGCUUCUCCAAAAGGGUCCCGCGCUCAAGCACUGAUGGGGGCGGCGUUGAGACAACCCACAUGGAGACGACCACCCAGCAGACCCUGCACUACUCCUUGGCCAAUCAGCAAGUCCAGAUCCACCGCAUAGGGGAAGACGGUCAGGUGCAGGUGAUUCCUCAAGGUCAGCUACACAUCGCUCAGGUGCCACAGGGAGAGGAGGUGCAGAUCACUCAAGACAGCGAGGGAAACCUGCAGAUCCAUCAGGUGCACGUCAGCCAGGACGGACAGGUGUUGCGGGGGGCUCAGCUCAUAGCGGUGGCCUCGUCUGACGGGGGGGCCACGACGGUGGAGGGCAGCAGCCUCCCCUCGGACAUCCAGGUGCAGUACGUCCAGCUGGCCCCCGUCGCCGAUCACACGACUGCUGUACAGGCCUCAGAGCUGGCCCCCGGCAUGCAGGAGGACCUGGAGGUGAAGGAGGCCCUCCAGGGAGCCAUGCAGUCAGAGAACGGCGAGGUGGUGCAUGUCGUCAACUCUAUCAUCUCCUGAAGAGGGGGGACCGUGCCCUCCUCUAAGCCCCCCAAAGACAUGCUCCUGACCGGGGGAAACCCCCUCUGGAGCCCAGCGGCCAGCAGGGGGCGCCACCACGGACGAUGCUUUUCUUGUUCAGUUUUUUGUAUUUUCCAACAACGGUGGUGAGGAUUGAUUGGAGCAUGAAGAACCAUAUCAGUUGUUGUUUGUUUUUGGCCCUCCCAACAACACCAUGAGUUCAAGUGCGUUGAAGUUCUCUUUGGCGAAACUUCAGUGGGGAGGCAGUUAGGCGGGGUCGUGCCAGGUCAGAUGGACCCGGCCCAACCCCCCCCCCCCUCCAGGGCAUACCCAACGGACCCGGGAGUCCUCCUCCCACGGAGAGCGCCUCGCAGAGCCACGGCCCCCCCCCCCCCCGGUACCGCAUCCAUCUGCACCCGCCCUGCUUACGUCAAAUCUAAAGGUUCAAGUUAAGCUCUUGUUGGUUCAUGUUGAUCCUCUGGGUUCAGUUGAGGUCCUCGACUCCACCUUCAGACUAAGCAGCGCAGCCCUCUGUUUUCACCUUGAUACGAUACGAUAUAAUAUGUUUUUCGGCGGACGUCCAGGACUUGGCCGAGGCAGGUCUCUCGUUACCCCAUGGGGUUGCGGUGUCCUGCUGCUGGGGCUGGGCUGUGGGCCGUGACCUGUGAUCCCAAAGAGUCAGCUCUCCUGGCGUUCUGAAGCGGUCUCUGCUUGUCGUAAACCCUGCCUUCCCCAAGGGCUCCCCUGGCUGUUUUCGUAUUGCCGCCGCCGCAUCGCGUUGUCCCUCGGUUAGAUUUGUCUAAUUGUAACAUGCUGACAUUUUUUUGUUUUUCUGGUUUAUUUUUCCCUCCCCCUCAAGGUAGAAUACCACAUAGUAGACAGGGUAAGGGAUGCAAUGGGGCAGACUUUGUAACCAAUAGAAUGGUUAGAAAGUCUUUGGGUUUGUCUCUGAGAAAUAUGAAUUCUUGUGAAUAAAAUAUUUUGUGGGUCCCUGU